UGCUUCCUCCUUUCCCUCGGGGCCUGAAGACCCAGGCCUGCAGACGGCUGUCCGGAUGUGGGGCAGCAGGGCCGGGGCCUUGUUUUGUUUGUGGGAAGUGCGUCUGGCGGGGUUCUUGGGAAGGAGACCGCUGAGCGUCAGUGCUGCCUCGGGGAAGAGCCGUGCGCCGCCGUGCUGGAACUGCGGCAGCGCGAGGGGGGCCGGGUGUGGGGAUGAGUUCUUCUGCACUCGCUGCCGCGCGCUGCAGCCUCCUGACCCCGCUCGGGACUACUUCAGCCUCAUGAAUUGCAACCGAUCCUUCAGGGUUGAUACCACGAAACUUCAGCACAGGUACCAGCAGCUACAACGUCUUGUCCACCCAGAUUUCUUCAGCCAAAAGUCUCAGACUGAAAAACACUUCUCAGAGAAGCAUUCAACCCUAGUGAAUGAUGCCUAUAAGACUCUUCAGGCUCCCCUGAGCAGAGGACUAUAUCUUCUAAAGCUCCAAGGAAUAGAAAUUCCUGAAGGGACAAAUUAUGGAACAGACAGUCAGUUCCUUAUGGAAAUAAUGGAAAUCAAUGAAAAACUCGCAGACACUCAAAGCGAGGCUGGCAUGGAAAAGAUAGAAUCCACCGUCAGAGCUAAACAGAAAGAAUUUACUGACAAUUUAAACACAGCUUUUGAACAAGGUGACUUUGAAAAAGCCAAGGAAAUUCUAAUGAAGAUGAGAUACUUUUCAAACAUAGAAGAAAAGAUCAAGUUAAACAAAAAUCCUCUCUAGUUGCCAACUUAAAGUUUUAAACAUAAACUUUCUUUGUAUUUCUUUUCUGGUUUCUGCUAAUUGGAAAUAGCUAUGGGAGCAAUGGCAUAGCUCAGGGAUAGAGAAUUUGCCUGUGAUAUGGAAGGCCCUGGAUUUGAACUCCCUUAGCACAGGAAGUAAGGAGAAAGAGGCAAAGAGAGUAGGUAGGCUUUAACCAUUCGUAUCGUUUCAGUUCAGCUUAUGACUGACAGACUAAUGGCUGGCAACAUGUGCCUGUCAGAAUGUAAGUGCUCAGUCUCAUCAGAUAGGUGAUACAGGAUGCACCCAAUCUAGGCCAAGGGAUGAGGGUGGAUCAGAGGCCUGCCUGAUCCACUGUACUCUAACCCUAAUGCUGAGUCUAACCUGAGCCAGAAAGAUACCAUCUCUAAGAGUUCAGCUGUUCCUGCUUAAAAAAGAUCAGCACAGCUCAGCUUAUUGACAUUCCUUAGUAUCCAGCUAGUCUUCCUGAACUGCAUGUGACCUCCAGGUCUCCAGAGGGGCUGGAGUGUAUAGGCGAGAAAGCUGAAGGUGGAGGGUGGAGAAAGCUGAAGGAAGGGAAGAAGGGUCCACCCAUCUGCACAGCUACAAGGAAGUCAUUGUUAAUGCUGGGUGCUGACCUUCCUUUGUGCUGCUUUAGGGUCACCCAUGAUCUAAUAAACUCAAUGGUUCACUCAGAA